UCCUCCUCCUCCAAACCCCACUUUCCGAUCACCCCCCUCGUCAACCCUUCUCUCUCUCUCUCUCUCUCUCUCGUGAUCUCUAGCUCCGCUCUUCCGCCACACCCAAUCCACAAAACCCUAAUUUGCGCACUGAGUCCAAUCCGCUAGCUCCUCCGCACCAACUCGGAAGCGGCCUCGGGGUUUUUAUAGGCUUCUGUAAGCUUAUCAAGGUUAGAGGUUGCUUCCGAGAAUGAAUAUGCAGCCAGCUGUCCACUCUAAAUCAUCUUCUAAUGGUUUUGGUCGUCGAAGAGGUGAAAGAGAAGGGGGUGCUAGGGUUGAAAAUAAGUCGCAGUCCGGAAAAGGAAACCAUAGCAAAUCAAGCAGCAAAGCUGGUAACUACGAGAGUCCUUCCCGUGAUCGACUAGUAUUUUUAACUACAUGUCUUAUUGGACAACAUGUGGAGGUUCAGGUGAAAAAUGGAUCCAUAUACACGGGAAUAUUUCAUGCAACAAAUGCUGAUAAAGAUUUUGGAAUCAUAUUGAAAAUGGCUCGCAUGACAAAAGAUGGUUCGUUACGUGGGCAGAAGACUGUGUCAGAUUCAGUUAGCAAGGCUCCUUCAAAGACUUUAAUUAUAACUUCGAAAGAACUUGUGCAAGUUAUAGCAAAGGAUGUCUCAAUAAGUAGAGAAGGGUUGUUGACUGAGGUCCACCAUGAAAAACAUCAGGAGUUAAUGAUAGAUUCCUCCAUAUCACAAACCCGCCGUGGUGAGAUGGAGAGAGAGCUGGAACCGUGGAUCCCUGAGGAAGAUGAUCCACGUUGUCCGGAGUUGGAAAAUAUAUUUGAUGGACAUUGGAAUAGGAACUGGGAUCAAUUUGAAACAAAUGAAGCAUUAUUUGGGGUAAAAAGCACAUUUGAUGAGGAACUCUACACAACGAAGCUUGAAAAAGGUCCUAGAAUGAGAGAGUUGGAAAGGGAAGCUUUAAGAAUAGCAAGAGAAAUUGAGGGAGAGGACACCCAGGAUUUGCAUGCAGCAGAGGAAAGAGGCAUGCAGCCAUAUGAAAAUUUUGAUAUUGAUGAGGAGACCAGAUACUCCUCUGUUUAUCGGGGUGGGGUAGUUGAUGAUAGUGGAUACGACGAAGAUGAGGAUAUCUUGUUGGAUUCAUGUAACAAUGAUACAUUUGGAGGUUCUCCUGACUCUGUGAGGAAGACUUCUAUAGAUUGGACAGGUGGAAAAAGCAACAAUGGAGUUCAGGAUUACACACACUAUUCUGAAUCUAAUAUCGCUCCAGAGUUGUAUCGUUCUGGAUCUUAUGACCAUGCUAGGCAACUGGCAUCAGAACCACCUAAUAAAAGUUUUUCCAGUACAGCCGGUGAAAGCAGUGAGCAUGGAGACACAGACAGUGCUACUGACGCUGUAGAAAAGCAUGUGCUGGCUGGGGAUAGUCAAACAUCAAAACCAGAUGACUCAGAGAAGGCCAAAGAUUCAUCUGAUACAGGUGUGCAGUCCUCAAAUGCCACCUCCUAUACUCCACUUCCUUACACGUCCAAGGGUCAAGAUAAGACGAGUUCUAGUGAACUAGAGGGUCCAGUGGCCGGCAAAGGACAUGUACAAACGCACACAGUAAAUACUCAUGGACGACCUGGUAGUUCUGCAUCUUCCAAUUCAGAAUGUGCAGUUGCUGUCUCUGCUUCUGGUGGCCGUGGUUUAUCACCAAGCUCAUCCUUGGGUUCCUUGUCCUCUGAAAAGUCGACAUUGAAUCCCAAUGCUAAGGAAUUUAAAUUCAACCCACAUGCAAAGAGUUUUGUUCCAUCUCAAGCCCCUGUUAGGCCUCCUUCCCCGGUGUCAGAUGGUUCCUUCUAUUAUCCAACAAACUUGCCUGCUGUACCACAUAUGCCUGGCAUGCCUGUUGGCAUUGGACAGGGACACUCUUUUGCACACCAACCUGUUAUGUUUAAUCCACAGGUGGGGCAGAUGCAAGCACCCCAAGCAUAUUAUCAUCCCAAUGGGCCUCAGUAUGGACAACAGAUGCUUCUUGGACACCCUAGACAAGUUGUAUACAUGCCAAACUAUCAACCUGAAAUGCCAUAUAAAGGACGAGAUUAUUAACCAUUUGUUUGGAUGAAUGCAUUCUGGCUGUUCCGGUCUGCACCUAAAGAAUAAUUCCUUGAAAGACUUCUUGGAUUGACUUCUAACGGAAGAGAGCCCUCCAGUCCAAAAGAUGCUACAUAUUUUAUGAACCUUUGUGUGCCAGUGAAGUUUUCUCCUUCUCAGAUAUACGCUCUUCGCGACCUAUGCAUUAACCUGUACCUUGACCCGCACUGAUGACUCUGGAAUUCCCAAUUUCAUAUAGCAUGUUGCCAUUGGCUGAUUUAUAAUUUAUGCGGACAAUUAAAUUUGAAGGUGUUCCUUUGUUUGGGUCAGUGUGCUAUUAAUUACGAAAUUCCUUUUUGCCAAGCUUGUGAAUGCCAUAUGCAUAUGCAUACAUGUUGUGGGUCUGUUAUUUGGUCAACCCAUGAUUUGAUGUGUUAUUAUGUGUACCAAUAUUUGCUAUUACUGAAAUGUAUCCUUUAGGUUAUGUUGUAACAAUAGUAGCAAAUUGAUAGGAUUUUUAACAGUGUAACGAGUUUGGGCAGCUAUAAUAAUGUUGUGUAUUCUGUGUUGGA